AUGCCCGGCCUAAACGUGAUCGCCCUAAUAUCAGGCGGCAAAGACUCCCUCUACUCCAUCCUCCACUGCAUCCGAAACGGCCACCGUGUGGUCGCCCUCGCAAACCUCCACCCCGAACUCCGCACCGACACCGAAGAUGACGAAGACAUCGACAGCUUCAUGUACCAAACAAUCGGCCACAGCGUAAUUCCGUUGUACCAAGAAGCACUCGAUAUACCUUUAUACCGCGCGCCUAUCACCGGUGGCGCCGUCGACACGGCGCGUAUCUACCGCCACGAUGCAGCCGACCAGUCUGCCGAAGGUACUUCCGAGGACGAGACGGAGAACCUGGUCCCGCUCCUUCGGAGGGUUAUGGCAGCUCAUCCUGAAGCGAAUGCUGUGUCGGCGGGUGCCAUUCUAUCCACGUACCAGCGGACUCGGAUUGAGAAUGUCGCCGGGCGGUUAGGUCUCGUCCCUCUUGCCUGGUUGUGGAUGUAUCCGUCGCUUCCUGCGCCUGGUGAACGGGAAGCUGAUCCUUUGGCGAUUAAGGAAGCGGGAUUGUUGGAGGAUAUGGCGGGGUGCGGGUGCGAUGCCAGAAUUAUCAAAGUUGCGUCGGGGGGAUUGGAUGAUGGGUUCCUGUGGGAGAGUGUCUCUGGAUCUGAGAAUACUGGGCGCGCAGUGCGGAGGAAGAUUGUUAAGGCUAUGGGGAGGUUUGCGGCGCCGGAAGAUAUUCGUGGUGCGGUGCUUGGUGAGGGUGGUGAAUAUGAGACGUUGGCGAUUGAUGGGCCGGGGUUCCUUUGGAAGCAGCGGAUUGAGAUCGAGGAGCGCGAGGUCGGCACCGGGGAGGGUGGUGUUGCGUUUAUGAAGUUGAAGGGGGCCAAGUGUGUACCUAAGGAGAGGGAUGAGAUUACACCACAGGAUGUGAGGAGGCCUGCUUUGUUGGAUACUCCGUUCGCUGCUGCUUUGGAGGAAAUGCCUGAGCUUUCUCCGUCUGGAUCUGAGACGCGGAGGCUGACGGCCUCGCUUGCUUGGUCUAUUUGCGAACCCCAUCAUCGUCAUUCCAACUCGACAUGGACAAUCUCGAAUCUCGUCGCGCCCGAGGCUGGACCGGGUGCUGACGAACAGAUGAACGGCAUCAUCACGAAAGCCGAAGCAGCGCUCCAGACCAUCUCGGAAUCCACGCCUCGGUCCACCGAGGACAUCGUCUUCGCAACCGUCCUCCUUCGUUCGAUGGACGACUUCGCCUUGAUGAACAACGUCUACGUCUCCCUCUUCAAGAAACCCAACCCGCCCGCUCGAGUCACGGUAGCAUGCGGCGACGCACUCCCCUCCAACGUGAAAGUAAUGGUCUCCUUCGUGGUAGACAUGGGCGCACGAAGUAGUCGCCAAGGCCUACAUGUUCAGUCACGAUCAUACUGGGCACCAGCCAAUAUCGGGCCAUAUUCACAAGCCAUGUCCAUUCCGCUACAGGGAAGCAGGGUGGUCUACAUUGCGGGUCAGAUCCCGCUCGAACCGGCUUCUAUGGAGGUUGCCACGGCUGGCAAAUCUUGGGUUGAGGACUUCUAUCUGCGCGCUGUACUGUCUCUGCAGCAUCUUUGGAGAAUUGGUGAUGCUAUGCAGGUUGAUUGGUGGCUCGGUGGCGUGGCUUUCUUGACAGGGGAAGACAAGAGUAUCAAGACACAGGCGAAGAUUGCAUGGCAUCUUUGGAAGAAGAUGCAUACGCGGGUUGAGAGUUCCGAGUCGGAUGAUGAGUGGCCGCAGCUUGAUGCGUGGGAUAUCAAGUAUGGCCGGAGGGGCGAGGAGCUCACACCCGAGAGUGUUUCUUCGACGUUGCCGAAAUUCUCCGUCCUUGACGAGGGUGCUCCUACUAUUUCGCCGUUUUUGGCGGUUGAGGUCGAUGGGUUGCCUCGUGGCAGUGAUAUCGAAUGGCAGGGUCUGGGAAGUCAAUGUGAAACAGCUGCGGUCGAGAGCAAGACGGAUUGUGUUUCUACUACUGUGGACGAUAAAUAUCGCUACAUCGGUCUUGAAGUCACUACGUCUCAGGAAUAUUUGGAGCAGAGUCUCCGUGAAAUCAUGGAUACCCAUUGCCAAAACAAGGGUCUGGCGCAGGCGGUGCUGUAUACCACGCAACCUGUUCCCGAAGGCCUCUGGAAUGGCCAAGUCAUUCCUUGCAGAUCUGUUUGGGGCCGGGAGGGUCGACGCUUGACAGCUGGCAUUGCCUUGCAGGAGCUUGCAUAA